AUGGCUUCAGCAAUGGCCCAACGCCUCGAAGGCAAAACCAUAGUCAUUACCGGCGCCUCCUCCGGCAUCGGACGCAGCGCGGCAAAAGAGUUCGCCAAAACCUCGCCUAAGAACCUCAAGCUUGUAGUCACAGCACGGCGGAUCGACGCACUGAAAGAGCUAGCAGAAGAGAUCAAGACAGAGGUGGGCGAGGGUGUCAAGGUUCUUCCCGUCAAGCUGGACGUCAGCAAGCCGGAAGAAGUAAAAGGAUUCGUGGAGGGGCUGCCGGAGGAAUUUAGGGAGAUCGAUGUGCUUGUGAACAAUGCCGGCCUCGUCAAAGGCGUAGCCCAAGCCCCCGACAUCGCCCCAGAAGACAUAGACACCAUGUUCGCGACCAACGUGACCGGGCUCAUAAACAUGACGCAGGAAGUCCUCAAGAUCUACAAGAAGCGGCCUGACGGCGGGAAAGGCGACAUCAUUAACAUCGGCAGCAUAGCCGGGCAUCAGGGGUAUCCCGGCGGCAGCAUAUACUGCGCGACAAAGGCUGCUGUAAAGAUAUUCACGGAUGCGUUAAGGAGGGAGCUUGUUGCAACGCGCAUAAGGGUUAUUGGGGUGGAUCCGGGACAGGUCGAGACGGAGUUCUCGGUUGUCAGGUUCUAUGGCGAUAAGGCGAAAGCGGAUGCGGUCUAUGCGAACUGUGAGCCGUUGACGCCGGAAGACAUCGCGGAACUCAUCGUCUUCGCUGCUGGGAGGAGAGAGAACGUGGUACUUGCAGAGUCGUUGAUUUACCCAAACCAUCAGGUGCGUUACGGGCUUCCGUUUACGAAAACACGCAGAAACUGA